CGUUCCCUAACAGUCAAUCAAGAGACUGUUUCCUUGUGCUGUUUGUCCAUCAUUGAUAUUUUUGGUGUGUAUGUGUAGUUACGGAUCAGAAUGUGAAUUUGGAAAACAAAAGAAAAUAAUGCAGAAGCUAAAGGAGUUGAUAUCAUCAGGGGAUGAUGAUGGUGGAGAAAGCUUACUGUUAUAUAAUGAAGAUUCAGAUGCCUAUUUUUCUCUUUCUCCUACUCAGAGAUUGUAUGCAUUUGCCGCCUGUUUGCUCGUGGGUCUGCUUUGUAUGUUUCUGUCAAUAGUUGUCAUUUUAAAGCCUAUCAAAUUUGCAGUUUUAUUCACCUUUGGCAAUUUGAUGGCAGUUGGAAGCACAGUCUUCCUUAUUGGACCGUUGCAGCAAUUGAGUAUGAUGUUUGACUCUGCUCGCAAUUAUGCAACAGCUAUCUACUUUGGAUUUGUUGUUAUCGCUCUUAUUUCUGCUCUCUUGAUCCACAGCAAGAUUUUAACAAUAAUUGCCGUCAUCUGUGAAGUUUGUGCCCUUAUUUGGUACUGCCUUAGUUACAUUCCAUUUGCUCGGACAAUGGUGUCUAACUUGAUGAUCCGGUUAUUUGACACCGAGCUCUGAAUAUAUACAAAUUCAAGGAAACUCAUUGAAUUCCGGCUUUGUAUUAGGGAGUUUUAUUAAUUCAUUUUUUCUCCUAUUUGAGUUUGCACAUGAUUUGCUUUUGUUUAUGUAACUGAGUGAAGCUUUGAUGCUCAAUUAUGUCGGCGUUUGCCCAGAUCCUGAAAAGAAUACCUGACGCUCUUGAAAAGCCUCAAAUUUGAUGAGGCUCAUAUGAUGUAAUUAGAAGAAUGAUGUUUGUGUAAGAAAACUACAAGAACUUGAGUGAUA